UUUGGGCGACGUCGGCCGGCUGGUGCAGUGCCCGGCGAGUUGGGCGGGUCGGGGUGUGGUUGUGUGGUGUUCUUCGCCGUCCAGCCGCCCCAUUCAGGAAAACAGCCAACACAUCCGGAUGUUUCGGAGAGCAGUCGGCUUAUCGGCAGCACUGCGAGACGCUGCUGUCACUAUCGGCUAUCAUCCGUGCCUGAUAGCUGCAGAGGACUCUUCAACACCGGUCUGUGACACCACACUCACGUCUGCGGCUGUCGGGUGGUCGUAGGCCAGCCAACGUCUGAGGUUAGCUGCAGUCCGCCCCGAAGAAGGGCCCAAUCGGGCCUGGACCAAGACUCAGGGCCGGUUCGGCGCGCGUGCCAAACAGAACGGGUGCUUAGGUAAACAGUGAGCGGUGCUGGGCGACUGGAGGGCAGGUGAGGUGGGGUAUAUGGACGAAAAAGUAAACGGCGGGGAAAGCCCCAAACGAGUGAAGUGGGUGGCCGGUGCAGAGUUGAUGGUCACCACGAAGUAACACCCGAGAGCAAGCGAACACAGAAACUGACAGUGCGAGGUGGAGACAGGUCGACGUCAACAUUUCUGACAUCAUGAUCAGCGCGUUCCUUUCGCUGCUCUGGUCGCUGUUGGGCUGGGUCCUGAGCCCAGUGACGCUGGCUGUUCUGGUGGCCGUCAUCGCCUUCGCCUACCGCUUCUACACUAAGGACUACGACUACUGGACGUCGCGAGGCGUGCCCGGCCCCCCGGCCAAACUUCCCUACGGGCAUGGCUUUAACCAAGCCAGCUUAAGUGGAGGAGAAUUCCGAAUUUCCGAGUUUGAGAGCUGGCUGUACAACGAGCAAGGCGGCAAAAAGUACUGCGGCUAUCUCGAGAUGCACCGGCCGGUGCUCUACGUGGGCGAUCCGGACCUAAUCCGCGCUAUCACCGUCAAGGACUUCGAACAUUUUACCGACCGGCGUGACCUCGCGAUCAGCAAGGGGUUUGAGAAGAUGAUCAUCAUGCUGAGUGGGAAGGAAUGGAAGGACGCGCGGACGGUGCUGUCGCCCAGCUUCUCUGCCAGCAAGCUCAAGGCCAUGCACCAGCUCUGCCUGGACAACGCGGUCAACCUUGCCGGGUAUUUGCGGGAAGAGAUGGCGGCGAAUGGGGAGGUACAACUGAAGGACGCCUUCGGUCGUUUCACCAUGGACAACAUUGCCUCGUGCGGUUUCGGCGUCAACUGCAACUCGUUCAAAGACCCCAACACUGAAUUCGCUGCGCACGCCGGACAGUUUUUUAAGGCGCCGACGCGUUACGUCAACCUUCGCCUGUUGGUGCUUUCGCUGUUCCCAAAAUGGAUAGGCAACAGCCUGCCGGACCCCACGCAGAGCGCUUGCGACUUCUUCGAGCGCGUCGUCGGCCGUACCAUUGCCCACCGCGACACCCAUAGCUCCGCCACCCGUGACUUCCUGCAGCUCAUGCUCGAGACCAAGACCAAGGACGGUCAGCGCGUCCUCGCCGACUCCAGCAUCGUCGCGCAAUCGCUCCUCUUCUUCGUCGCCGGCUAUGACACGACGGCCUCGCUGCUGACGUUCGCCGGCUACUCGCUGGCCACCAGCCCCGACAUCCAGAGCGCUGUUCAGCGUGAGAUCGACGAGGUGCUGGCGAAGCACGACGGCCGGCUGACCUACGACGCCGUCACGGAGAUGACUUACCUGGACCGAGUGCUGGCCGAGACGCUGCGCCUGUACCCGCCGGCACUGCGUCUCGAGCGCUGCUGCACCAAAGACUACGUCCUCCCCGGCACAGACCUGCUCAUCAAGCGCGGCAUGAUCGUCGGUAUGCCAGUCCUCGCCAUGCACCGCGACCCGGACCACUACCCGGACCCGCUGCGCUUCGACCCGGACCGCUUCCUGCCCGAGGAGAAGGCGAAGCGCCACCCGUGCGCCUACAUACCGUUCGGCAGCGGACCGCGCAACUGCAUCGCCAUGCGGUUCGCGCUGUUCGAGGCGAAGGUGGCGCUGGCGGCGGUGCUGCGCGAGAGCUCGCUGGCACCGGGACCGCGCACGCCACCGCCGCCCCUGCCCCACCAUCCGUGCUCCUUCCUGCUCUCGCCCAAGGACCCCCCGUUCCUCAAGGUACUGCCCCGAUGAGCGGCUGAAAUUACAGGGAAUGAUUCCUCAGCUUUAUGACGCAGCUGAAGUGGUCAGAACCCGCAGCCGCGCGCUGGUAACUAAAAAGGCGAUUCUUGCAUAAUAGAUGGUGCUGGGAACUGAUAUGAUGCGUAAUCAUGCUGUAAGCACGCUCAUUACCUUAUCAAUACAAUUAUCAACAGAA